UAUACAAUGGGUGAAUUAAAAUUAACUGGUAAUUGUUUAAAAGGAUCAAGACCAAUAUUAUCAUUUGAUGAAAAUUUCAGUCGUCUACCACAUUAUGCAUUGUUGAAAGAAUUGUUGACUCAAAUAUUUGGUGUACCAAAUGAACAUCCAAAAAGUAAACCAUUUUUUGAUCGGGUUUAUACAUUUAGUGUUCUUGAUAACAGAAUUUGGUUUAGAAAUUAUCAAAUUUUAACUGAAGAUGGUGGUCUUGCUGAAAUUGGACCAAGAUUUGUAUUGAAUCCAGUUAAAAUAUUUGCUGGUAGUUUUGGAGGUGAGACAAUUUGGGAUAAUCCACAUUACAUAUCACCAGCAAAAUAUCGUCAGUCGAAUAUUAAAUAAACUGGUGGUAAAAGAAACAGAUAAAUAUUAAUUUAA